AUGGAAUACUACGAUGAAAGUCAAAAUGAAGUAAUACUUAGCAAAGCCAUCCAACACGACUUUGUCGGAGUUGAGAGGACAGCCAACUCCACCGAUUCUUGGUCUUCCGGCUUCAAUACACCCUCGUCCAGCAACAACGGGUUUCCCGCUGCUGAUUUUGAACAGCCACCAGCAGCCCUACAAGGGGACUUUUACGUUAACCCGGAAACAGAGGACGCACCCACGACGACAGUUAUGCCUUGGGGGUUGCCCGGUCAAGUUCAGCAUGGAGUAGCAACAAUGACAUCAAUGCCGUCACUAGGCCGAAUGGACAAUCUGGAUCAAUACAAUAGCAAUGAAGUACACAUGGAUGACAUGAUUUUCCAUGUCCUAGUGCGAACACCUGAACGACUUUUCAGGCGGGAAAUCGCCGCGGACGCAUUUCAGCAGCACCAACUUGAUUCACAACGAAAGUCAGAUACACUACGCUACAUGCUCACGACCAACACAGACCUGUUAUUGAGAGACUCAAUAGGAGACACAAUUCUGCAUACGCUAGCUGGUGACUUCGGUCAGCCGGACUUGUUUACCGAGACGGAGGGGUAUGAUAUUCUUAGGCUCUUCUUCGACAUAGGCAACGACGGAUUCGGACCAUUAGUCAAGUCUUGUUGUCUCUCGAUGAUUAACUCUCAGAACGAUGGAUACAGCUUUACCAACGAAGGAAUCAUGGGACCGUUCAUGCAUACCCCUCUCGGCGUAGCCAUCUUGUAUAACAAUAUUGAAUGUGCGAGAUUGCUGCUCCAAAACGGUGCCGACCCUAAUAUCCCAGGCGAAUGGGGAAAACCGCCACUCUUCUUUGCACAACGGAACCGCAGUGACGAAGCCAUCAGGUUGCUAAUUGAGUCUGGGGCAUUUGUUGAACCUUAG